AUGCUAGGCGCCACGAGAUCACUCCUGCCGAGCGCUCGCCUCGCCGCGCGCACUUUCCACACCUCGUCACGCCGCAUGGCCGACGCUGCACCUCUCCCAGCCAAGAAGCCCUACGGAGCCUUCCGCUCAGGACUCUUCGGCUUCCUCCUCGGCACCGCCCUCACCGGCAGCGCCGUAUACACCUACCUCGUCGGCGAGUACAAGACCGCAAACGACCUGCUGACCGAGGACAUCUACACCCUCCAAGCAUCCGUCACCCGCCUCACCAGCUACGUCCAGAACCUCGAGCAAAGGGUACAGGAGAAGAAGAACUAA